GAUGUUCAGACGUUAUCAAUGCUAAUAAUUGUAGGAUUACUUAUUCUUCUGGGCUCUAUAGCCUUAUUGAUUGGCCUUAAUAUCACCUGUUCGUGCUCUUCAAUUCUUAAUUUUCAAAAUGGAUCUUGA